UGUUUGCAGAACUGCAACUAUAAAAUUAACAUUUUCUGCCUGGUGAACACGCUGGUGAGGAAAAUCGAGAAGCUCAAAGCAGAAACGCUGGCCAAGCUAAGAUGAAUGACUUAGAAGACAGUGAUAGAGAAGUUUCGAAAAAUCACUCGAAGCUUAUCGAAGCUGUAGAACAGCUUGAUAAAAAACAAAGAGUGAAUAAAGCAGAAAGGAACGAACCUACUUUAGAGGUAUCGGAAUACCAUCUUGUAAAAAGUGGAAUAACUAACAAAGAUGCUGUACAUGUUGGAGACCUGCUGAAAUCACUGAAGCAGAAAGGAUUUCAGAGUCAAAUUUCAAAAAAAGUUCGAUCUGUUCAGAAGAAAAGCAAACAUCUUUCAAAGCCAUUGCCUGCGCCACUUGCUAAAAAAUUAGGAAGGCAGCUACACUUUGACCAUGUCAAGAAAGAUUUGCACAAAUGGGACGCUGUAGUCGCCAGAAACAGGACAGCGACACAUUUAUCCUUUCCAUUGGCCACCUUUAAAAAAAAAGGAAAAAAUAAACCCAUCCCACACUUCCUAGAUGGCCUCAGAUUAAAGUCUGAAUUGCAACGCAAGUUGGAAGCGUUAGAAGAAGAAGUAGAAUCCACGGUAGAGAAACUUGCACCUGAAGAGAAGGAUGAAGUAAAAGAUAAACCUGAGUUGACGUUGGAGGAAAUGAAGUUGAAAAGACAUGAAGCCGCCAGACUCAGAGCACAGCAGUCGUAUCAAGAGGCGAAGGCGCAUCGUGAGCGCAAGAUUAAAAGCAAGAAGUUUCACCGUAUCGAACGGAAGAAGAAAAUCAAGCAGCAGUUGAAGGAGUUCGAAGAGUUGCAGAAAACUAAUCCAGAAGAAGCCUUAGCGAAGCUGCAACAACUGGACAGGACUCGUGCUGAGGAGCGAAUGUCGCUGAGGCACAAGAGCACGGGUCAGUGGGCCAAGAAUAAGCAAAUCAGAGCCAGAUAUGACAAGGAAACUCGACAGGUGCUUGCCGAACAAUUGUCUAUUGGUAGAGAAUUGACGCAGAAAGUUAGGCCAGCCGAUGAUAGUGGCGAAGAUGAUGAGAACGAUGAGAAUGAGGCACCGUUAGUGCUUUUAAGUAGUGAUAAGGAUAACCCAUGGAUGAACUCUGUGAAAAAGGAAUCCGAGAUCGAUGAGUUUAUUAAGAGUUACCGGAAGUACCAUGAUAAGAAGAAGAAGAAAGCUGAGGAAGAAAUUGUCGCGGAGGUUGAGCCCAAGCCAGCUGCCAACAAACGUAAAUUAGAUGAUAAAUCAGAGAAACAGAUUUCUGAUAAGCCAAAUAAAGCGGAUGAUACGAUUACUUCUGUUGUUACUUCUACAAGCCAAAAGACUAGUGAAUCUAUCCAAAAUAAAAGGGUAAAGAAAAAAAUGGACAGCAGCUGUAUCGUAUCUUCGAAUGAGACAGGAUCGAGAAAGAAAAAGGUGAAGUUAUUCGACAAGAAGACCGAAGCCAAAACGAGGAAUAAGUGCGCCGUAGGAGCUACCUCUACAUGGCAUGUCGAAGAAUUGCAGCGUAAUGAGGAAACCGACUUUAAGGCGAAGAAAGAUACAAGGCAGUCUAAGACAUCUAAGAAAUAUGAAGUAAACGUAGACGACAUGUUCGAUUCCGUGGAAGAAAAUAUAAAACAGAAAGUCGACUUGAAGCUGCAAAGGAUAAAAAAGAAACUCGAGGAGGGGAACAAAGUGAAUAGACACGAGAAGGAGCAAGAUAAGGGGAACAAAGAUUACACGCCAAAUCUUGAAUUCAAAAAUUCUAAGCAGAAACCCGAGUUGGAUGUUCCGUUGGAGGAAACCACUUCCAAGGAAAAUCCACAGCAUGAUUUAACGGACUUGAAGGCAAUAAUGAACUCUGAGCGAGAAACCGCGGACAAAUCGAAUAAUUAUACCGCGGAAAUCGAUCCGCAGAAAUAUUUGAGUAUAAAGCCGAAACAUCUGAAGACACAGAUGCCAGAUUUGGAUGUAGAUGGGGAGAAUAUACUGGACAACGAUGAACUGGAAGAAGAGACUCACAAGAUAAUGAGUGAGGCAUUCGCAGACGACGAUGUUGUGGAAGAAUUUAGGAGAGAGAAGGAGGAAGAGAUAAAGAAUUCGCAGCCGCAGAACAUCGACUUGAGCUUGCCCGGGUGGGGUUCCUGGGCGGGAACAAACAUCAAGGAGGGGAAGGGGAAGCGUAAGAACAAAAGAUUUAUAACGAAAUUUCCCAAGGACACGCCGCGUAAGGACGAGAAUAAAGGCGAUGUGAUCAUCUUCGAGAGUGAGAACAAGAAGCUGAAAGAGCAUCUCAUCAGCGAACUGCCGUAUCCGUUCACUACCGUCGGGGACUUCGAGGCGAGCAUGAGAGCUCCUCUGGGUAGGACCUUCGUGCCGGAGAACGCUCACAGACGGUUGAUUCAGCCAUCGGUGGUCACCAAAUCCGGUCAAGUGAUUGAACCCAUGACCGAGGACAUGCUGGUGCAAAAACAACCCGCGGUGAAACGACGUAUCGAUAAACAGAAGAAAAAUAGCAUGAAGAACGAAAAGAAGAAACGGGAAUAAGAAAAACUAUAUGAUGUAAAAUGCAAUACGUACCUUGUACUGGACUGUGAGAAUUAAUUAUUUUACAUUGAUUA